AUGCUGGGUAAGGGGCUCCUGCUGGUGGGUCUCGUUGUGCUGUGGACCCACAUCUACAGAUGCACAUUUGUAAACAUUGAUAAGACUAUGCAUUUUUUCCCUAUUUCGGUGGAGCAUGCCAUUUACAAGUUCAACGAGGACCAGAGUGAUGAGUUGGCCUACAAGUUCCUUCGAGUCCGGAGAAGCCAGCGCAAGAUUUUUUCUCAUAUGUAUUUAGUAGACGUGGAGAUGGGCCGCACAAUUUGUAAAAAACAUGAUGAAGACAUUGACAACUGCCCACUGCAACAAGGCCCAGAAGAGAAAAAGGUACGCUGCAUUUACAUCAUGAGGACCAUAGGAUGGUUUACAAACUUCACUAUCUUUAACAGCACUUGCACACAGAUAUAG